UCUUUCGCUCGUGCCCGUAUCUGUCGCAGCGCGUGCACUGACCAACGUACUAAGGAACAAGUUGCUCCCGCUCGAUAUCAGUCAGGAUGUUGUCUAAAAAGCGAAAGGUUGAUGCUGAAUGUCGCGUCUUUCAGGAGAGAUGGAAAGAAAAGUAUUUCUUUUGGGAAGUGGGGGGCAAGCCAGUGUGUUUAAUUUGUUCGCAACAAGUGGCUGUACCAAAGGAGUACAAUAUCAGACGACAUUACGAGAAGACCCAUCAGGAGAAAUACGACGAGUACACAGGGCAACGAAGGACGCAAAAGCUAAACGAGCUAGCCUCAUCCCUCCGAAAACAGCAAGCUGCUUUCUCGAAAUGCCGAGAGACAUAUGAAGGGGCAGUGAAGGCGAGCUAUGUCAUCGCAUGGGAGAUAGCUAAAACUUCCAAGCCUUUCUCCGAGGGGGAAUUCGUGAGGACGUGCAUGACAAAGGCAGCCGAGCUAGUGUGCCCAGAAAGUCGACAAGCUUUUGCGAACAUCAGCUUAUCCCGACCUACAGUGACCGAGAGAGUGGAAGAGCUCUCCAGCGACUUGCAUAGCCAACUGAAAGAGAAGAUAAAGUCCUUCGUCGCGUUCUCUAUUGCCCUUGACGAGAGCACUGAUGUGACUGAUACAGCCCAGUUGGCGAUAUUUAUUCGCGGAGUGGAUGAGUUCCUGACUGUCACGGAGGAGUUUGUUUCCGUGGUACCCAUGACAGACACAACUACAGCUAACGACGUGUUUGUUAGCCUUGUCGGGGCCCUUGACAAGCUAGAGGUGGACUGGAGUCGCGCUGUCAGUGUGGCUACGGAUGGUGCACCUUCCAUGGUAGGAAGAAAUGCCGGGGUGGUCGUGAAGUUGAGAGAAAAGGUGCGAGAGGCAAACCCAGACCAGGUAUUCUGGAACUUUCACUGUAUAUUGCACCAAGAGGCGUUGUGCUGCAAAAGUCUGAAAAUGGAGCAUGUUAUGAGUGUUGUUGUUGCCACUGUCAAUUUCAUCAGAGCCAAAGGGCUUAACCAUCGGCAAUUCGAUGCAUUUUUGUUUGAAAAUGACAUUCAUCAGGGCCUUCCCUAUCACACCGAUGUGCGUUGGUUGAGCAGAGGCGCAGUGCUCAAGCGGUUCUUCAAAUUACGCAGAGAGAUAGGCGAGUUCAUGCAGGGUAAAGGGAAGCCUGUGGGGGAAUUGGGCGACACCGAAUGGAUCAGAGACCUUGCCUUUUUAGUGGACAUUACAGAACACUUAAACAUCUUGAAUGUUACUAUGCAAGGUCGCAACAAACUCGUUACCGAGUAUUAUGACAGUGUCCGUGCGUUUCAAAGUAAACUUGCGUUAUGGAAGGCACAGCUCAGCCAGCGCAAUGCAGCCCAUUUCCCAUGUUUGAAAUCUCUGCCUGUCAACCAUCUGAGCAUGGACAAGUAUGCACGCUUGCUUUCCGGCCUCAUACACGAGUUUGACAAUCGAUUCACGGUUUUCACUGAACUGGAAAAGGACUUUGCGCUUUUUCGCUCUCCAUUCACGACGGAUGCCUCCGAGGUCCCAGAGGGGAUGCAAAUGGAACUGAUAGACUUGCAGUGCUGUGCGCGGUUGAAAGAUACGUACGCAUCUACCAGAAUUGAAUAA